UGUUGACACUCCUGCUCCCGUUGGCGCUACUAACACACACGGCUCCUGUCUACUAGCGGUCCAGGAAAUUUAUGGUUUUGAGUCGCCUCUGCUUAUAACCGCUGGCCUGUGCAUCUCGCGGAGUUUAUUGUUUUUAAUCAAACUAAGUUGUCGCAGAUUCUUGCCCGACUGCGCUAUGGGAAGCAUGACGUGCCUGAUAUACUUAGCUGUGACGAGUGUCUUAGCGAGCGCCACAGCCACGUCCACAGAGCAUCCACCACCCACCACCACCCUACCUGACACCACAGACGACCCCACAACGGACACCCCCUCCAACAGCACCAAGGAAAAGGGCACCAACCGUAUCCUGAACUACGGGGUGGUUUCUGGCGGUAGUUUUGGAGUGUUUGAAGAUGAUAUCCUCCAACCUGAUUAUCCUUACCCCCUACCAGGCCUUCUUCCCAACCCACGGCCUCCCUUCCUCCCUGGUGUUCCUGCACCGGGCCCCAUCCUCCCCAACCCUCCCCUGUUCCCGCCACAUAAUGGUAUCUAUCCCGCCACGAGCUCCUGCAAGUACUACUGUCCCGGCCGCUGGCAUAAUCAGAUCUACUGCUGUGAUAACUCACCUUCCUAUCUGGGCUUCACGUGUCCCGAGGUGCGCGACAACUGUCCUGGCUCGCACUUCUUCCGUCACUUGAGGUCAUGCUCUCAGGACAGGAACUGUUACCCGGGGGAGAAGUGUUGCCUGGACGCCUGCAUCGGCCGCCACGUGUGCAAGGCUCCUGCGAGACGAUAGGGCCGCGGAUAGGUGAAAUGUGUGUAUCAAGUAAGCAGGGAUGCCAUCACAAGGGGAUCAUAUAGCGCCCUCUGGUUUUUUGAUAGUUUUUCUCCAGACGAGGGAAAUGUGAUGUGUUUAAAUGGUGAAGAAUGUUUGGCUGGUUCUGAUGCUUUUUCUUUGUUUUUUUUUUUUUGUUUUUUUAGAAAGUUGUGAAUUAGUGAUGAAAUUUAUGAUAACAUUUUUACAGUCUAUAAGAGAGAGAGAGAGAGAGAGAGAGAGAGAGAGAGAGAGAGAGAGAGAGAGAGAGAGAGAGAGAGAGAGAGAGAGAGAGAGAUUUUGUCUCCAGAAUUCUGUUUGUUUUAAUGUAAUAUGUACUGAAAAUGUAAAUAUAUAUGUGUGUACAGACUGUAAAUACAUAUUAUAAGAAACAUACAAUAACCAACCAGGACUGAACAUAUACCGUGUCUGCAUUUACUGUGAGAACAAAUUAUUCAAUAAAGUGAAUGAUUGGUA